GUACCGAGCAGCUGAUCCAGCUGCACUCUGACCUCCUCCUCCAUCUGCAGGACGUUUCCACAUGCAGGAUGUCUGCAGGAACCAGCCUGGUGUCGGUGGACUUUGAGAUCUUCGGUCACGUUCAGGGUGUCUGCUUCAGAAUGCACACAGAGAAGGAGGGACUGCGGCUCGGCCUGGUGGGCUGGGUGAAGAACACCUCCAGAGGGACGGUGGUGGGACGGGUCCAGGGUCCAGCUGAAGCGGUGGAGGAGAUGAAGGUGUGGUUGAGCAAAGAAGGAAGUCCAACGAGUCGGAUCUCCAAAGCCAAGUUCACCAACCAUAAAGCCAUCGAUGAGGUGGAGAUCUCUGGCUUCAAGACUCGCUUCUAAGGAACCUGGAGACACCGACCUGUUAACCUCUGAGAUCAGAAGAUAUGAGGAAGGACGGUUCCUGAAGCUCCUGCUGACUCUGACCUGCUGCUGGUUUUUAAUGGCUGAGUUAGAAUCAGGAUUAUUUGAUGCUUUGCUCAGUUUAUCUGCACAGAAAACCACUUAAUUCUAUUCUAUUCAGUUUAUUUC